AUGGCUUCAAAUAGACCCUUAGAGGGCAAACUUGCCAUCAUUACUGGUGCUUCUAGAGGGAUCGGAGCAGCAAUUGCCGAAAACCUCGCAUCAAAAGGCGCCAACCUUGUCCUAAACUAUACAUCCAAUUCCUCCGCUACUCUCACCAGCGAGCUCUCCAAGAAGCUCGAAGAAAAACACAGCAUUAAAACUUUCAUCGUCCAAGCUGAUGUAUCUGAGAAAUCCGGCGCAGAAACCAUCAUCAGCAAUACUAAAUCCCAUUUCUCAGACCCCUCCGGAAAGUUCCAAAUCGAUAUCCUGGUAAACAAUGCAGGUGUAUCUAAAAACACACCCAUCCCAGACAUCACAAUCGAUGACUUCAACUGGCAAUACAAGAUCAACGUGCUUGGUCCCCUUCUUCUUUUACAAGCCGCACUAGACUAUCUUCCCAACGAUAGAUCCGGCCGCAUCAUCAAUCUCGGUUCCGUCUCUAGUUCAGAGGGUUUCUGGGGCCAAACGGUCUAUGGCGGUACCAAAGCAGCUGUAGAUGCCAUGACACGAACCUGGGCACGCGAAUUGCAUGAUCGCGCAACGGUAAACUCCAUUAAUCCAGGUCCAGUGAAGACAGAUAUGUGGGCAGGUACCACUGCGGGGUUCAAGAAGGAGCUGAAACCUUGGAUUGAAAGUACUCCUGGAAGUAAGAUCAGGCCGGAUGUGGAUGAUCAGGAUUUGGUAGAUGAUGCGCCAAAUGCGGGAGGUAGACCGGCUUACACUUCUGAGAUUGCGGGGAUUGUGGGUAUGUUGUGUACGAGUGAUAGUCAAUGGUGUACUGGACAGGUUGUAUGUGCGAAUGGUGGAAUGGUUUUAAGAUAG